UCUCUCUCCUGUGGCUGCAGAGAUGCUGCAGGACGUGGUUGGCCUCGCUGCCGUGUCCGUGCUCGCCGUGCUGGAGCAAGCAUACUUCUCCCUGCAGGUGAUCUACGCCAGGAGGAAGUUCUCUGUGGCUCCGCCCUCCACCGAUGGACCACCGGAGUUCCAGAGAGUCUUCCGCGCCCAGGCCAACUGCUCCGAGUAUUUCCCGAUCUUCAUCACGGUGCUGUGGAUGUCCGGCCUCUUCUUCAGUCAGGGCCUGUCAUCACUCUGCGGGCUGCUGUAUUUAUACGGACGGCUCCUUUACUUCAGAGGAUAUUCACAGGCGGCACAGGGACGUCUGGCUCCUCUGUAUUUCAGUGCGAAGGUUCUCUGGCUCCUCAUCGGUUUCUCCUCCGUCGGUGUUCUGUCGUUCCUCUGUCGUUUCCACCUGGGCGUCGACCUGCUGCAGCUGCUGCUGUCGCCGCUCGGCCUGCAGCCGUGACCCCGGGGUCAGAGGUCACCAGGUCAAAGGUCACCGGUCUGGGUGGGGCUCAUCAGCUUGACCGGCCCGUCACAAAUUAAUUGGCAUCAAGAUAAAGAGAAGAAGAAGAAGUUCAUAUUUUGGACAGAACAUGAGGGUGUGAUGGUAAAUGUUGGCCAGCAGGUGGCGGUGCUGCUUCACACUGAAACACAACCUGCAGCCGAGCAGAUCCACAGGA